UGGUGCUGCAGGUCAGCACAGAACGCGAGGAUGAUGCUCACAGCCGUUCCCCAAGGUGUACUUUACUCAACUCUUGCUCUUAUCGACUGGUGAAUAAGGAUGGACAUAGCACUAUAAAAGCUGUUGGGAUCCAGGGGCAGGGUCUGUCUUACUUACCUGCGUGACAUAUGGGGAUUGUUGCUGGAUAUGCGCUGGCGCUGGAUGAUGUUGGCUUUUUCGGCUUCCUUCCUGGCCCACUGGCUAUUGUUUGCAGUGUUUUGGUAUUUACUUGCGGAGAUGAAUGGGGAUCUGGCACUAGACCAUGAUGACCCACCAGAAAACCACACCAUCUGUGUCAAGUACAUCACUAGCUUCACCGCUGCUUUUUCAUUCUCUUUGGAAACACAGCUCACAAUUGGAUAUGGAACCAUGUUUCCAAGCGGGGAUUGCCCAAGUGCUAUUGCUCUUCUUGCAGUCCAAAUGCUUCUGGGACUAAUGCUGGAGGCUUUUAUUACAGGUGUUUUUGUAGCCAAAAUAGCAAGACCAAAGAACCGCUCUCCUUCAAUCCUCUUUUCAAGACUAGCAGUGGUGGGCAGUCCUGAAGGAAAGCCGUGCUUAAUGUUCCAAGUUGCGAACACACGACCUAGUCCCUUGACCAUGGUGAGAGUCAGUGGAAUUCUUUAUCAAGAGAGAGGCGAUGGACAAAUCCAACAAAUCAGUGUGGAUUUUUCACUGGACAAUCAAGCUUGCAACGUGGAGUGCCCUUUCUUCUCCUUCCCUCUUACCUACAACCACAAUCUAUCCCCUGGAAGCCCCUUGGCACCCUUAUUACAGCGCGAGACUUUAUCCGCUUCGGGUCAUUUGGAGCUUAUGGUCUGUUUAUCUGCUACUCAGGAAGGCUCAGGUGAAAUCUGCCAGAGCCGUACCUCGUAUCUACCAAGUGAAAUACUCCAAGGCCACCGCUUUGCACCAUGUCUAACUCGUCGACCUGAAGGAGGAUACCGUAUCUGCAUGGAAACUUUUGGUCGUCCACUCCCUGAGUUACCACAAGCUACACACAGACAAUCCUACAAAACUGAUCUGGAAGUUUGUGCCAAUGGGCAGAGAGUUGACACCUUUCAAAUCUGUGAGACUGGACUGGGAGAGUAA